CAACUCUUGAAAGAUCAGAAUCCUUGCAGGCGAGAGAACCGAUCAGGUCAUCUUUGUUUGUCUAUCAACAUUCUGCGCAAGGAAGAAUCUUCUAAGUUUAUUGUGCCAACCACUACAGUGCAGACCAGAAUAUCCUCUGCGUUAAGAUUACAGAAAACACACCAUGGAACAGUAUGUUUCAAAUUAUUCAGAUUAUUACAAUGACUAUGAUCAAUUUAACAUAACGCCAGAUUAUAGCCAGUUUGUUCAUUUAUGCGAGAAUCCUCAAGUUACUUUAUUUGGAGCCAUGUUUACGCCAGUCUUGUUCAGCCUCACCUUCAUUUUCAGCCUGAUUGGAAAUGCUCUAGUUUUGUGGGUCCUGGUGAGAUAUGAAAGGCUGAGGCUGACUGUGACGGACAUAUUCAUUCUAAAUCUGAUCACCUCCGAUUUACUCUUCGCCUUCUCGCUCCCUUUCUGGGCUGUCGAUCACACACACGGAUGGAUCUUUGGCAAGGCCAUGUGCAAAAUAAUGAGUUCAAUUUUCUUCAUUGGCUACUACAGUGGGAUCAUGCUGCUUGUGCUGAUGACCAUUGACCGAUACGUUGCAGUGGUUCACUCUCUGUUUGCCGUCAGAAUCAGGAAGGUCUCCUACGCUGUGACAGCCAGCUUAGUCAUUUGGGGAAUUAGUAUCUCUGCAACAAUCCCUGAGAUGAUCUUCUCUGAUAUUACGGGUUAUGAGGAGGAAAGACUAUACUGUUUCAGUAACUAUCCACCAGAAAGUACUCAAAUAUGGCAACUGUUAGGGUGUUACCAGCAAAACAUCUUGUUCUUCUUCAUUCCCUUAGUUGUAAUUGUGUUCUGUUACUGGAGAAUUCUCAACACUGUCAUUAGGUGUAAAGCCAGGAAGAAGCACAAAACAGUGAAAGUUAUCUUCUGUAUUGUGGUGGUGUUCUUUGUGUGCUGGACACCUUACAAUGUGGUCAUCUUCCUGUUCUCUUUGGUAGAAUUGGAAGUCCCAGCGUUCGAAUCCUGUGAGACGAGAAACCGCCUGAUAUAUGCGCUUUACAUUUCCCGGGACCUGGCCUAUUGCCACUGCUGUCUCAACCCGUUCUUUUAUGCUUUUGUGGGAACAAAAUUCAGGAACCAUUUAAUCAGGCUGUUGAAAAUAUGUUUCCCCCACCUGAAAAUCUGCAGAGAACUCAGUACCACCACAAGCACCAGCACCAAACAAGUCAACUCCCGGAACUGCUCAGACAUUGACCUGCCCCUGGCUUCAAUCGGAUCUUGAAA